AUGUUGCUUAGGCAACCGGCAAACCUUUAUAAAUCAAUUUUUGGAACCCGACGCAGCCUCAGCACGACUCUGCCCGCUGGUCAAUCCUUCAGGAAAUGGUACCAGCAGCUGUGGACAGCCACUUUACACAAAUCGGAGAUCCUGUGCUGCGGCAACAGGCGGCUGCACUGCGCCACAGAUUGGCGCUUCGAGAGCGUAAAACUUAGCGGCCUGGACACGAUUAGCACGCAAAAAGACCUCGAAUUGAGUGGCUGGAACGCGCGCAUUGCUCAGCACGAGAUGGAUCACUUGGACGGGAAACUGUACACCGAUCAAAUGGAUCGUUCGACCUUCUCCUGCACCUGCUGGGAGGCCGUGAACACCAAGUCCGGACGUGUGGAGAUUCCCUUUUACAAAUAGUUGAUGGCAUUAAUGUUGUUUUAAUUGACUGAAAUAUUGUUAUUGUUUUUGGAGAAAAGUCCAUGCGAUCGCUUUAAUCCUCCAAUUUGGAGGGCGCAAACUUGA